ACCUGGAUCAAAGUAGCCGCGAUGCCUCUGGCAGAUUCUGAUCACAAUGUGAAUCACUUAGCAGAACAUCUCAAGAGUCCACAUUAUGCAUGUUCCACCUACCGAGGAGAUAUAUGUCCUAAGGGUUUCUAUUGUCCUUUGGGAUCCGCUUAUCCUAAGCUUUGUGAUGUCGGAUUUUACUGUAACCAGACGGGUCUAACAGCACCAGCAGGGCCAUGCAUGGGUGGUUAUUACUGUCCCUCGGGGUCCUCAGACGCUUACGUCAACCCAUGCCCCUCUGGACACUACUGCCCAGUUGGAACGCCUCUUCCCAAGCCAUGCCCCCUAGGAACCAUUAAAAGUUUCAUUGGUGGAUCCACAGUGGAGACAUGUCAGCCAUGUCCUCCAGGUCACUACUGCGAUCAAAGAGGCGGCACUGAGCCAAGUGGCCACUGUGUAGAGGGCUACUAUUGUCCUGAAGGACAGACCUCUCAGAGACCACAACUGCAUGUCUGCUCACUUGGACAUUAUUGUGAGAAGGGCAGUGUGAGACAGACCCCCUGUAUUCCUGGCAGCUACCAGCACAGACAGGGCCAAGGGACCUGUGAAACAUGCCCUCCUGGCUUCUAUUGUCAAGAUCAGGGAAUGAGUCAUCCGCUUCCCUGUGAAAGAGGACAUUAUUGCCCUUCUGCAUCAGCAAAUCAACGUCCCUGUCCAUCAGGGACCUAUGGAAACUUGUCAGGACUUGCAGAGCAGUCCCAGUGCACACCAUGCGACCCUGGCAUGUACUGCAAAGGAGCAGGAAGGACUUUCCCCAGUGGGCUUUGUGCUGAGGGGUACGUUUGUGUCGGCGGCACCUUUGAUCAUUCGCCAUCAGACAGUCUGACAGGAUUCCCAUGUCCUCCUGGGUAUUUCUGCCCCAUGGGGACUUCUGCACCAAAACCGUGCCCUAAAGGAACAUACAGUGAACAAAGUGGGCUUGGAGACCUUUCUCAGUGUCAGAGCUGCAGUCCGGGUUUUUACUGUUCAGAACCUGGUCUCUCUUCAGUCUCUGGUCUCUGUCUCCCAGGUAAACAUGGUCUCUCCCAAACGUUUUUCAGAGGUUACUACUGUCUAGAGGGUUCUCAGUCUGCUUCUCCAGGAUCAGGUGACUUUGCAGGUAUUUGUCCAGCAGGCCACUACUGUCUAGAAGGCACCAGUGUUCCCCUACCUUGCCCAGCCGGUUUCUACCAGAAUAAUCCUGGAAGCAAAGGCAAAGAUGACUGCAAACCCUGUCCACCUGGCUGGUUCCAGGAUUUACCUGGCCAGAAAGAGUGUAUUCCCUGCCCUGCGGGAUUCCACUGCCAGCCUCUGAAUCCUGGUCCCACCAGAGGGACUUCUCUUGGAGUUUCCAGUCCUCUGCCCUGCCCAGCUGGGCACAUCUGUCCCAGAGAUAGCUUGGACAAUCAGCCUGUUCCAUGCCCUAAAGGAACCUACAGCUCCAGCCAGGGUCUUAUCUCUACAGGUCAGUGCUUAAUGUGUCCGGCAGGCCAUUUCUGUGGAUCCGAAGGUUUGGUGGAGCCCUCAGGAUCGUGUGCGGCAGGUUUUCUGUGUCUGAUGGGUGCAAAGGUGCCAAAUCCAAAGGACAACAUGACAGGAUCUAUCUGUCCGCCGGGGAUAUUCUGCCAACAAGGGCUGAGAGCAGGAACGUUCAGCUCUGAAAUGAGCAACACUCACCAAGACAACUGCACCACCUGUACCCCUGGUUACUACUGUCAAGGUAUGAAGGUACUCUCCAGCCUGUACUUUGUCCUGUUGGACAUUACUGUUCUGCGGGACAGAUUUUAG